CUCUUUGCAAUUUCUUUUCCAUAGUUUUAUUGACAUAUUUAACAGGCUUACUUUUGUGUCUUAGUUCUUUCCCAUUGGCUUCCAUGUUGUCUUAUUUUCAUCUAUUUUGGUUCUCAAGCAUGCUACCUACCAAAAUAGCAACUAAAUCAUGUGAAAUUCUUCACAAUGCAAUACAAUACCUUCAACCUUUUUACAGAACAGAGAAUUGAGCUUUUGCUUUUUCUUUAUGAAGGCUAUCUUCUUCUUGGAUUCUUUCUUUGCAACCACUUUGCUUUGUAUAUUGAUUACUUUUUCCACUAGUUUUCAAACUUUUAAGUGCUCUGUUUAUGUUGAGGGAGAAAGUGUAGCUUAAUUUUUGGUGACUAACCUCUCCUUUUUCUUCAGUUGGCUUUUCUUUUUUUCUUUUUCUUUUGGCAAAAGAAAGUGCACUUUGCUUUUCCAAUUUAAAAAAGUUGGUAGGGAAGCCUUUUCGUUUUUUCCUUUAUUUUUCAUCAAUGAAAUUCCAAUUAAUUAAACCCAUGUAUCGAUUGUGUUACUGCUAACUCUGCACAGUAAGUACAAAACUUCAGUUUUAAGGAUAGAAAUGCCAUGAUUAAUCCAUCUAAAAAUGGGGAGAACUUUUCACAAUCAGAUUUUUGUUUUGCAUAGUGGGUAAAGUAUGUUUGGCUGUUUUUUAUGUUAUUUUCUAGUGGGUAAAGUCGAUACGCACACAUGGUGAAUUCAUAUUUGGUAGCCAUAGUAAUUUUCUCAACCAAUAAGAGAAACAGUGUUGAUGAAUUUAUUCUCUUUAGGUAAUCAUAAGAAUCAGGACAGGGUAGGCAUGUUUCUUUGUGCAUAAUGGAAUCUGUCUCAAGUUAUGUGAUCUUUACAUGCCAUGCCGACCGAGAGAAGAACAAGGACUCUCAUAAUUGAAUCAUUUUCAUUCUAAGCAGAUAACCAUGAAGCUUCAGUUCUCCAUUGCUGCACUUAUUUUCCUUUUCCUUAUCCGGCGUUUCCCUUCCUCGGUUAUUGCUGACCUGAAUUCUGACAGACAAGCCCUCCUUAAGUUUGCUGCCGCUGUCGGCCAUACCCAAAAGCUCAACUGGAAUGCUGCUGCACCAGUUUGUGCCUCUUGGGUAGGAAUCACUUGCAAUCUAAACAAAACUAGUGUCACUGCUAUCCAUCUUCCAGCUGUUGGACUCUUUGGCUCCAUCCCAGCCAACAGUAUAGGCAAGCUUGCUGCUCUUAGAGUCCUGAGCCUUCACUCCAAUUUCCUCUAUGGAAGUCUUCCUUCUGAUAUCCUAUCCAUUCCUUCUUUGGAGUAUCUUUACCUCCAACACAAUAACUUCUCUGGUGUGUUUCCUGCCUCUCUGUCCCCCAACCUCAUUUUGUUAGACUUCUCCUUUAACUCCUUUUCUGGAGACAUUCCAACAACAGUUCAGAAUCUGACACGCCUCACCGCAUUGAGCCUCCAAAAUAAUUCCCUCUCUGGAGCCAUACCUAAUCUGAACCUCCCAAAGCUUAAGCUUUUGAAUAUGAGCUAUAACAACUUCAAUGGAUCAAUUCCAUAUUCCCUAAAAGGUUACCCUGAUUCUUCAUUUACUGGGAAUCCUCAGUUAUGUGGGGCGCCUCUCAAAAAUUGUUCCAAGACCUCCUCUUCACCUUCUGCUUCCCCUACUUACUUGCCACCCUCACCAACAGUCCAGAAAAAUCACCAUGCUACCCUCAUCAAAAAACUUGGCCAUGGUUAUAUUACUGCUGUGGCAAUUGGGGCCUCUGCAGUGUUGGUUGUUUUAGUCCUGAUGAUUGUCAUAUGCUGUUUGAAAAGGACUAGCAAAGAAGGGCUGAAAGGGAAGGCCUCUGGUGAUGGAAAGAGUGAGAUGCCUAAAGAUUUUGGGAGUGGAGUGCAAGAGGCAGAGAAGAACAAAUUGUUCUUCUUUGAUGGAUGCUAUUUCAACUUUGAUCUUGAGGAUCUACUGAGGGCAUCAGCUGAAGUUCUUGGUAAAGGAAGUUAUGGCACAACUUAUAAAGCUGUUUUGGAUGAGGAAACAACAGUUGUGGUGAAGAGGCUAAGGGAAGUUAUUGUGGGUAAGAGGGAGUUUGAGCAGCAUAUGGAGGUGGUGGAGAGAGUUGGGAAGCACCCAAAUGUUGUGCCUCCGCGCGCUUAUUAUUACUCCAAGGAUGAGAAGCUUUUGGUCUACAACUACAUGCCAGCAGGAAGCUUGUUUGCACACUUGCAUGGAAGCAGGGAUGCUGGAAGGUCUCCACUAGACUGGCAUUCAAGAGUAAAGAUUUCUCUUGGAGUUGCCAAGGGAAUUGCCCACAUUCAUUCUGAGGGUGCUAAAUGCAGCCAUGGCAACAUAAAGUCCACCAAUGUCCUCCUAACCCAAGACCUUGAAGCUUGCAUCACUGAUGUUGGGUUGAGUCCUCUAAUGAACUUCCCUGCAACCAUGUCACGAGCCACUGGAUAUCGUGCUCCUGAGGCAACCGACAUGCGGAAAAUCUCUCAUAAAUCUGAUGUUUACAGCUUCGGCGUGCUCCUCCUCGAAAUGCUGACAGGCAAAACCACACUCCAAUAUCCAGGACAUGACAGUGUGAUUGAUCUCCCAAGGUGGGUAAAGUCUGUCGUGCGCGAAGAAUGGACAGCUGAGGUUUUUGAUCUGGAGCUGCUAAGACAACAACACAUUGAAGAAGAGAUGGUGCAGAUGCUUCAGAUUGCAUUGGCAUGUGUAUCAAAGUUGCCCGAGGCACGCCCCAGCAUGGAUGAAGUUGUUAGAAUGAUAGAGGAAAUUCGGCAAUCUGACACGAAAACUAGGCCAUCCUCUGAGUCUGAGUUUGACGUGCAAACCCCUUGAAAUCUUUAGCCUUCUGUUCUUCUCUAUGCAAUUGGGAAAUAAUGUUCAAUGCUGUAUUGUUUUCUGUAUCACAAUCUCUUGAUUAACAUUUUGCUUGCUAGUAGUAGCUACUAGCUUCUAAAGACCACAUUAUUUUCAAAA